GUAGCAAAGGUAACCCGCGCGCCACCGGCAGAGAUGAACAACUGUUUUUGUACUUAAAAUUAAUAUUUUGGUCAACAAGUAACAUUUUUGAACAAAAGUAAGAUUACAUUUUGUAACAUGAGUGUGACAGUGAACUGUUUUAUUUAAUUUUUUAAAGGUUUUAGUGCACAAAAUAGUGUUUUCGGCCUUAAAAUGGGAAAUAUUUAUUUAUUCGUGUUGUUGUGUGCGUUAAACAAUUUUGCGAAUGGUCAAUACUCAAACGAAGACGUAGACAUACAAGAUAAAUGCUGCACACACGGCCAGACUUUCGCAUUGACAGCAGCGUCUGCCGCUGCCUGCGCCGGAGCAUCAGUACCUGAUGAAAUAUCACCAGAACAUCGAGAAGAGUGCACUACCGAGGCCACUAGCUGUUGUCGGGAGCAUUUCAAGAACAAAGAUGAAUGUGUUGCUGGAAUGAAGCAUGCAGUGGAAAAAGGAUGUGAUGUUCCUAAUACGGAGACUGGAAAGACUUGCUGUGAGGAGUGCUCCUUUGGACGAUGGACAGGAGAGUCACAGGGUCGUGAAGGCUGCAAGGAACCGUCUGAAGAGGACAAUAUACCCUCACUGGCUCUAAGGAGUUACGCUUACUACAAGUGUUGCUUGGAAGCCGCAGAAGAACAAGAAAAGACCACAACAGAAGCAGCUGUAGAAGAAACCACGACUGAGAAGAAAGUAGUAAAACAAAAAUGUAGAGCGGACUCCUGCGAUCAAAUAUGCAAUGAUGAAAGUGGAAAAGUUAGGUGCCAGUGCCACGAGGGGUACAGAUUGCAAGACGAUCAGAAAACAUGUAAAGAUAUAAACGAAUGUAGAGAAUCUGUUGAUGAUGUUUGCACAGAAGAAGACACUGUCUGCCACAACACGGCUGGGUCUUUCAAAUGCGUCCCGAUCAAAAAGAGGGAGGUAGGCGCCCUAACCUGCCCUCCUGGCUUUAAGAGGAACGUUCUGAACCAAGUAUGUGAUGACAUAAACGAGUGCCAACUACCACGUCCUCCUUGUCCCAAGUACCUUUGCAAGAACACCAUAGGAGGCUUCACGUGUGGAGGCAAGCCUGGGAAGCCGUUUGAAGAAACACCCCCAGGAGCUCCCACGCCACCACCAUCGCCUAAUCUAGAGCCGACCUCACCGAAGAACGACAUCUGCCCCCCAGGGUUCAGGGGUGGAGAUGAUGAUGAAUGUGUAGACGUGGACGAAUGCGAGGAGCAUGCUGACGACUGCCAGCGCCUCUCGCAGCACUGCAUCAACACCCACGGCGGGUUCUUCUGCCAGGACCACGUGUCCAAGCGCUGCGCUCCAGGGUUCAAGGUCAACGUCAUCACUGGGAAGUGCGAAGAUAUCGACGAGUGCUUAGAAGAAGGUGAAUCGAUAUGCAAGCGCACAGAGGUGUGCAUCAAUUUGGCCGGCGCCUACAACUGCAAGUCCAAAGUCAACACCCUACCCAAGCUAACUACAAAGGCCUGUCAAGAAGGGACGAGGAUGAGAGCCGGAGGAACAGUUUGUGAAGACAUCGACGAAUGCCGAGAAGGCACGCACCUGUGCGACCAGUUCCAAAACUGCGUGAACACGUACGGCGGCCACGAGUGCCGCUGCAAGAACGGCUUCGAGCUGGACUCAUCCUCUGGGUCCUGUGUUGACGUCGACGAGUGCGCCCUAAAGCUGGACAACUGUGCCCCCGGACUGCACUGCCUCAAUGUCCUGGGCGCGUACACGUGCACGCGGCAGCCGCCCGCCCCCGCCCGCACGCCCGCCCCAGUCACUACCACACUCCCGCCCUACGAGUAUGACUAUUACGAUUCCAGUGAAAAUGACUCUAACACGGACUACAGAAAUCCAGAACCAGUACCCACCACAUCCACCAGUACGACUACACCUAAACCGACCCCACGACCUAGGCCCACGGAAACUCCCCGACCCCGACCCACUUACUACUACCCACCAAGGCAAACGACAACAAGAAGAACCCCGUACCCAGAAAGACCAGAACGCCCGAGGUACCUGCGCCCUACUACAACCAGUACAACAGAAGCCACGACUACAGAAGAAGUGUCAACUGAACCGACCACUGAAGAAACUUCAAGUACACCAGAGGAGCCACCGACCACAACUGAGCCACCGACCACGCCUGAGCUACCACCCAGGCCAGAACUUCCGCCAAGGCCAGAAUCUCCAACAAGGCCAGAUUAUCCCCGUUAUCCUCCUCACAGAAGAACUGAAGAUAAUUAUCCUAGAAGACCCCACUACCCAAGUUACCCUCGCCCAACUGAUCCUCCAAGACCGAGGCCUACUGAGCCAAGUCGACGUCCAAGUUUUACAGAGGUGACGCUUCCAGAACCGGAAGAUCCAGUAUUAAUCGUGAAGGAUAAAGACAAGGAUGGAAGCUAUGGGCUGAAUACGAGCGACAUACCUAAAAACUCGUGGACCUCUGUGACUGGAAGAGACAAACCUGAGGAACCCGAUUUUGACAUCAACAACCUUCACUGUCUGAACGGCUUCGAACGAGAUGUGUAUGGAAAUUGCGUAGAUAUCAACGAAUGCGAGGGCAACCGCCACAUCUGCAGCACCCUCGAGCAGUGCGUUAACAUGGAGGGAGGGUACCGCUGCGAGUGCGUGGCGGGCUUCGUGCGCGAGCCCUCCGGCUGGUGCAUCCCGGUCAGGCCCUCCACCACGCCUGAACCCACCACUCCUAGCACCACUACUUCCACGAGCACCACUGAGAGAACUACUACUGAAGUGUCCACCACCGCAAGAUGGCGACCAUACCAGCCUCGUAGACCAUACUAUCCACCAUACACUCCGCCGCCUGCGUCCUGUGAACUAGGAUACACGUUUGAUUCCAAUGAAGGGCGAUGUGUAGAUAUCGAUGAGUGUGCGAGAAACGAAUACAUCUGCGCACCCAAAGAAGAAUGCGUGAACCAAGAUGGCGGCUACUAUUGCAUGUGUGGUGCAAGGUGUCGUGGUACCACUGACAGGUCACCUUACGAACCCCCAUCGCUACCACCAUCAGACCCUUACCAACCUUCGGGAGGAGACAGCGACCCCAACAUCAUCACCGUGGGCGCCCAGUACGGCCAGAGGGGACCCAGAUACUUGCGGCCCACCUUCACCAGGCUGCCCAACUCCGGGGCUAUUGUUACAUCUUGCCCCUGGGGAUACAAACUGACUCCUGACAAGAUGUGUCAUGACGUUGACGAGUGCACGAAGAACGUCUCCCAGUGCGGCCCGAUGCAACGCUGUGAGAACUUCUACGGAGGGUACUCCUGCCAGUGUCCGGCCGGACACCGGCUGUCCGGCAAAGACGGCUGCGAGGACGUAGACGAGUGCGCGUACGGCACGCCAUGCCCAUACAACGCGAAGUGCGUCAACUCAGUCGGCUCAUACCGCUGCGAGUGCGGCGCCGGCUUCCGCAACUCGCCGUCCAACGACAAGGUGUGCGUGGACGUCGACGAGUGCUCCGAAACGCCGCACGUGUGCCACCAGAGCUGCUCCAACGCCUGGGGCUCCUACCGCUGCUACUGCAAGCGGGGGUACCGCCUGGACAACGAUAACAGGACAUGCGUGGACGUGGACGAGUGCGCAGAGUGGGCGGCGGUGCGUCUGCGCGGACGGCUGUGCGGCGGCCAGUGCGUCAACGAGCCCGGCUCCUAUCGCUGCGCCUGCCCUGCUGGCUACCGGCUGUCGGACGACGGGAAGAGCUGCAUAGACAUCGACGAGUGCGAGACGGGCGAGGCGACGUGCGCCGCGUCACGUGAUCCCGGCUCCGUGUGCCAGAACACGCGUGGAGGGUACCACUGCCACCGCAUCCAGUGCCCGUCCGGGUACCAGCUGGAGGCCAAGCACCGCUGCACGCGCAUCCAGCGCUCGUGCCCGAUCUCGGACUGGGGCUGCCUGCAGCGGCCCAGCGCCUACAGCUACAACUUCAUCACAUUCGUCGCUAACAUCUACAUGCCGGCUGGCAGCGUGGACCUGUUCACGAUGCACGGCCCGUCGUGGCGGGACUCGGUGGUGAGCUUCGAGCUGCGCAUGAUUGAUGUCCAGGCCGGGCCGGGGGUCAAGCCCGCCGACCUUAGGUGUUUCGAUAUGAGACCAAUGGACAACGUGUGCGUCAUCUCCCUUCUAUGCUCGCUGGGUGGACCCCAAGUAGCCGAGUUGGAACUGACGAUGUCUCUGCACCAGCGCGGGCAAUUCGCGGGCAACGCGGUCGCUCGGCUCAUCAUCAUCGUCUCGCAAUACGAGUUCUAGCCGCCUAACUUACCACGGUUUACUUAAUUACUUUUGUACCUUGUUAUAGCUGAUCAUACUUGUUUGCAAGAAAGAGUGCAUGCGUUGCAUGUUAUAAUAGGUACUUAUCCUUGGAUAUUUUAACCAGUUCCAAAUUUUCUAAUAAUGCUGUUUUUCGAAAAGGGCAAAUUAUCUAAUAAUACCCAUUCGAAAACAAUAGAUGCAGCUCUUAGCUUCCUGACAGGAAGCAUAAUUACUUUACCUACAUAAAAAUGAGCGAGUCAAAACAUGACUAUUAGCUGCCCUUUUGAAAAAUUACUUCUGAUAAAAAUACCUAAACAAAGGAAAUAGCAUACCUAUUCCCUUGUUUCUAUUAUGACUCGCUUUGAUGAACCUAUAUCAUAGUAUAAAAAUGCACCCGGUAGAUUUUUUGUGGGGAAUAAUAUGUACAUCGUUCUACUCAGUGUAGAUGUAAUUUAUCAACAAAUAAAAACAAAUAUCGGUAACAAAUUAAAACUUUUGAUUGCAAACAAGUAUAAUGUUCUUCGGAUAAUUCAAUAUGAUCUGAUAUUGAGACAAUAGUCUAUUUAUUUUGAAGAUAGUGUUAGUGUAUGGUCUUUGUUGUUCCUUGUCAUUCCUAAAGGCCAGUAUGUAAAUAAAACGAAUACUUUAAAUUGGAA